CACUAUGGUGGACAUACCAGCAGCUGUGAAUUAAAUGGCAACAUAACUGCCAUUUUUUUUAUUUGCUCGAUAUCCCCAGCCAAUAAGAUUCGAGCAAAAGAUUGAUACAAAUGAUCAUAAUAUCAUAAAAAAAACAAAAAUGCUUCAAAAACAUUUCUGGAACCGUCAAUAUGUAGUUUAGAUGUUAUAGAAACUAUCUCAAAGUUAAAAUUAGAUUGCUAUAUGCCAAAAAAUCGAUGCAAUAUUGAUCCGAAUUUGAUGGGUUACGGUAUAAAAAAUGAUUUUUUGCGCUUGUGAAGCAAAUGGUAACAAGUUGCCAUUUUUUUACUUAUUUUUUUUUAAAAAAAAAAGAUAUUGCGCCUGGAAAAACUUCGAAUGACAAGGGAUUCAAAAUUUACCAGUGUAAGAGAAUGUGGUAUGCUAAAAGCUUGUUAAGGGAGAGCUUUAAAAGUGACAACCAAACACACAGAAGAAGGAAUCAACAAGAUCUCGAUAGUUCACACUCUAUCAAUGACGCUUUCGAAGAUAUGGGUCGCGAUGAGUCCCCCAUCAUAGCGGACGUGCUUUCUCCUCCACCAGAGGUAGCGAAUGAACCUUCACGUAAAAGAACCAGAAGAAGAUAAUAGUCGUGUCUGGUCGACAUGAUUGGUCCAUUCUGGAUUUUAGCUUCUUUAUUAGUGUGUAUUUUAGCGUUCUUUUAGCUUACAAUUUUUUCUC